UCAUAUAGAAAGCAACCUGAGAUAACUGUUGUGAACUGAAUUUAGUCAAACUGUCAGCAAACUCCUCCAGAAAGCUCCAUGUAUUAAAAUUACUGUCUCAAAGAGAGAUGCAGUAGAGCUCAAAACAAUAUUUAAAAUUAGUUUGACUUUGUUUUGUUUAACAAUAAAAUUAGACUAUGAUGGUAAAUCCAUUCAAAGAGAGAAUAAAGUGGAUUUGUUUUCAGCUCAAGAAACAUGGCUGACUCAAAAAACAUGACUUCAUCUUUCAACCAGACCUGUGAUCCAGUUGUCCCAUCAGUCAACACUUUCUUUGUACUGGUCUACAGUCUGGUGUUUCUGGUAGGUUUACCCCUCAAUGGCUUCAUCCUAAAGUUUUACUUUGGUCAAGCUCAGCAGCAGGCAUCAAGCAGUUUGAUGGUCUACCUGAAGAACCUGACAGCUGCUGACUUCCUGCUCUGCCUCUCUCUGCCACUGCGCAUCGCUAACUAUGGUAGCAAGUCAUUCAUCAUUCAAAGGCUCUACUGCAGCUUUGGAGCUUCUGCCUUCUACAUGAACAUUUAUGCCAGCAUCAUAUUCAUGUGUUAUAUCGCUGCCAACAGGUAUCUGAAGAUCGUCCAUCCUUCAGGAACUCAUGUCCUGCAGUCAGUACGAGCUGCCCACAUCAUCUCCAUGGUCACCUGGGUUUGUCUCCUUGCUCCAUCAGUAACUUACAGCAUCCUCUUUUUCAUCACCGAGAAACCUCUAAUGUUUACCCCCAGCCGCUGUGGGGCCCUCUUUAGUGCAUCAAUCAGCCUGUUGUUCAAGAUCGUCCACACCCUCUGCACCAUCAUUUUCCUGUUGGUCUUCAUAUCCAUGGUCUUCUUCUACUACAGCAGCUCCCGCAGGGUGUUGCAGGCACAGGAGACACAGCUGGCCUCCUCUGGCUCUGAGAAGCUGGUGAAGUCUCGCAGAAACAUGUUGGUGCUGGUCAGCAUCUUCUGUGUUUGUUUUGUCCCCUAUCACCUCGUUCGACUUCCCUAUGCUUUUCUGUGGAACAGCUGCUCUGUGGGUCCAGUGUUGUACUACCUGAAGGAAGUGGCCAUCAUGGUCUCAGUUUUCAACAUCUGUCUGGACCCUGUUGUUUACUUUUUCCUCUGCAAGACUUUUCGGGCCCACGUGAGAAAGAUGUCCAGGAGAGCCGAUGAUCCAAAUGAACAAACAAACAAACCAGGAGAGUGAGAGCAGCAACAGUAACAAGGCAAACCUUGUAAAGAAAAGAGCUCAGACAUCAAUAUGAGGCUCAACUCAACAUUUCAUGGGGUGUAAGACUUUUCGGGAUCAGGUGAGCCAGAGAAUUGUAUAAGUGGGGACCAACAUCUAACAAGCAAACAAUAAUAGCAAGAGUAGGAAGGAGGAAGUGGACACUGUUACAGCAACAAGUUAAAUCAAUGAGCUUUAAGGAAAAGUUUGACAUUUUAUAAAAUGUUAAGAUUUACAUUUGU